AUGACAACUGCAUCAACUUCAAUUCCAUAUUUUUAUCGCGAUGCGAAUCCUUUACUUUAUUCACUUCGUGACGAUAAUACAGUAAUUCAGCCGUAUUUUCUCUUCCCAUUACAAUUCUUAUUCUUCGAUUUAACCUUACGUUGUUGGGAUCGAUUAGUUUAUGGCACAUGGUAUUUACCAGGUGAAUUGAUUGAAAUUGAACUUGUUGAUAGGAAAGCAACUACAAUUAUGAGUGGUACUGAGAUUGAUCAACCAUUGCUUUCGGAAAUCUCAGUGUAUAUUCUUGUACCAUUUAAAGGCCUUUUUUCGAGGAAAAAGAAAACACCGAAACAGAUUCUUCGUGUAAAUCUUCGAAAAGAAGCGAAAGAAAUGACAUUUGAUCUCUAUGAUAUUAUUUUCGGUUGUAUACCUUUAUUUGCUCAUACAAUUUGGUAUAUCAUUAUCCACACAGAUUGUAGUUCAGCUGCAUAUUCAUCAACAUGGAAUUGUUAUAAUCUCUUUGGUUAUCGAAUUUACAAUUAUAUAUUCGAUUCCUAUACAGAUUUUGCUUAUUGUUUUCUUUCAAAAUUAUAUUUCUAUCGUCGAAAUAAAGACGCGUACAAUUUCAUUCAGAGUAGAAAAAAACCAUGGCGAAGAAUUUUAUCCAAAGUCAUAUUUUGGAUUGCUUUCGUGAUAUCCAUCAUUACGUUUAUAUUUCCUGGUGCAAUCAUUCUUCCAUAUUUGUUCACAAAUGUUAUUCCAAUGCUUGUCAUUUACGCAUUUAUCUCUAUGGCUUAUGCAUACGUUGUAACAGUUGUUACUCUUUUUCUUCAUUAUUACACAGCAAUCACAGGAAGAGUUUUUGAUUUCAAAAGUGAAGAACUCACUUGGGUGAAACGACAAAUGAAGAAACUUCGUCAUAAUCCACGAUUUGUCAUUUCAUUUGGAGUUAGAAUUUUCCCGUAUGUAAUGACGAUUAUGUUUAAUCUAUCGCAAUUUAUUUACUAUGGAGGAGAUUUUUGGACAUCACUCACUCGAGAAGCGGAUUUCAGAGAUCCGAGUAGAUAUUUUGCGAGUAUGUCGCAAGCAUCACAAAUUUUUCAUACAAUUUUAACUACAAUUUAA